AUGUUCAAAGCUAAGAUUUACAUCCACCAAGAGGUAUUGUGUUAUUCAUCUUUUGGUAAUUGGGUAGUUAUGGCAAAAACAAUUUUAUGUAUUAGAAGUCUCGACGAUGAUUUGGAUCCACACAUCCAGGCCGUUUUAGAACAAGUAAAAUUACUCGAUAAUGAGGCAAAAUUUGUUUGCCUUAAUCCUUAUUCUAGAGGUCAUUACAUUGAAAUCACCGCAGGAAAAGAUUCGGAGCUUAGUCCGAGCUGCGUUAUCGUCGUGGAUGGCGAUCGAAUUCCCGCUCAAUCAAUCACAUCUGUCUGGUAUCGCAUGAAACCUGUAAUUCUAAAGGGUGAUGAAGACCUACAAGGUAGAUCUUUUAUAUAUAGUAAUUUUUAAAAAUUUUCAAGGCGUUUUAUUCUUUUGUUUUGUUUUUUUACUUUUUAUGUGCGUAGUUAAGGGGCACCCAGCGAUUUGCUUCUGUAAAAUAACUGUUUGAAGGAGCACAUAUUGCCUAGAAAUUUCUAAAGCUUGAGAAAAGCUAAAAAUUUCUGGAUAACCGCUCCAUUUGUCUUAAAUGUUGGGAGGUUUUUCUAAUAGCUUAACUGCGAUUUUCGGAGGUUGUGUUAUGUUCACAUUUUAAUACCAAGGUAUCCGAUUAUUGUCAAAAAAGGUCUCCUAAAAAUUUCGUUAUAAAGAUAUAAUUUUCUAAUGAAACUGAUGAAAGCAAGGCUACUUCUAGCGACCCCAGCAGACAUUCUUAGGCGUGCGUCACGCGUUCCACCUAAGAACGUCUGCGGGGAGGCUAGGCUACUUCAUGCAUAGGCGUACAGGCCCGGGGGGGCGAGGGGGGCUGCAGCCCCCCCCAAAUUUUGGGCAACUCAGAUUUUUUGGGCAGCGAGAGAAAAUUUGGGCAAAGCCGGUUAAUAAAGACGUCUCCAUGUUUAUUUAAUUAUUUUAAAGACCUGGGGCCGGUUGCUCGAAGCCUGGUUAGCGCUAACCGUUGGUUAAGAGGUAUCAAAAUGUAUAGGUUUCCAUGGUAUUUAACGCCGGUUAGCACUAACCAUGCUUCGAGCAACCCGGGCCUGAAUAUUAACCUGAAGUCGGCGUAAUAAUCCAGUUACAUUACAGUGGAUGCCUAGCAUGUGAUGAGUAAUUUUACAUAUUUGCAGCAUUUUUUGUUGGGCACUAUACUAUACUGCACUAGCUGGAAUGGGCUAUUUCCAGUCGUGAAUUGAUUAAAAUAACCUUUCGCAUAACUUUCUAGAAUCAUCUCAAUUCGAAGAACAGUGUAUGGCAGAUAGCAUUUAGCAAUGGGUAUGGCCUGCAUAGCAAGCGUUUCCGCGCGAGUUCGUUUGGAAACGCUUGCUACGUAGGCUACAAUGGGUAUGAAAAUGAAAAAGUGGCUGACUAAUUCUCAGUCUGAAUUACGAGAAGAAUCUUAAUUCUUGUAAAAAAUCUAUCGAGCGGUUUAAAAUUAUUCGCUAAUUUGUUAAAGUAGACCGAAAUGUUUACAAAACCGCUAACAAGAGUGUCUCGAUACAUACUAAUCAAAUCCUUCUUUCGAUUCUAGCAAUCAAGUAGAGCUAUCUCCACGAUCUUUCACACAUGUUUUUAAAAAGAUUAAGACCACUAUGAGGUGAAAUUGCAGGUCAAAAGCGCUCCGUUCUCUACAGAUAACGGCCAAAAAUCAAGAUUUUCCUUUUCUUACCGUAUUUCUAAUAAUAAAAACUUCAUUCCAAAAUAUCUCGAUAACGCUCUUAAGGUUUGCUUAAACUUCACGAACAUCGAGGCGACCGUAUUAGAGAAAAAAGCUCCUGUGAACGAUUUUGUAAGGUUCCCUUGCCGAGAAUCAUUGCUGAAGUAAAAUAGGUAAUGGAGUCAUUUCGUUGCUAUGACAACUCCGAUGUCAUUGCAACCCUGAUGAUGACAAAUUUUCAUCUUAAUACAACUGUGGUCGCAAUUUUUCCAAAUGUUUGUUUAUGGCGACGUAGUUUAUGCUCAGACUUGGUAUUGACCCUGAAAAACUACGGCCUAUGUUGUUGCAAUAUGGCCCUCAUUUCUUUUCGACUCUUUCGUAAAAAUUUGGGCAACUUGCGAGAUUUUUGGGGGCAAAUGGUUUACCGCCCCCCCUGGCAAAAAAUUUCCCGUACGCCUAUGACUUCAUGUCCUCAAACUUUCUACCGGAUCCAUCCCGAAGGGUAGCUGACACUUUCGGACCCGGACGAAAAAGCACUUAAGACUUUCAGAGCAACCCCAAAUUAACUAAACAGGCUUCUAAAGCCAGUAGAAAACCAUUUGAGACACUUUUGGCGUAUUUGGAAACAUUCGGCCGGUGGGUGCCCCUGGUAGUUGUUAUAAGUAGUAAUAGGUAAGUUUUACUUUGCGUCGCAAAAUGAUUUGUGGUGGUGUAGAGUACUCCUCGAUACUAAUAUUGCUUUGCACAUUCUCUGCACUGCGCUCCAUACAUUUUCUACAGAGCUGGGUAAGAGAAUUUGCCUAUUGUGGUCAUUUUCAGGGGUGGGUUCAUACCCCGGCGUGCCCAAUCAAUGAAAAUCGGUCAUCGGAAACCAAUCAAUAUAAUUAAUAUAAUCUAUAAAAAUCAAUCGAUUAGUAUCGAUUGGUUUCACCAAUCGAUGAAAAUCGAUACUCACAAUGCAAAUCCUCCUCAGCAUCGCGGAGAAAGGGGAAAGUGGCCGAAUCUCUUGUUAUUUGUAGGAGUCGAUACUUUCAAGAAAUGUUGUUCAGUCGGUCAGUGUAAAACGCGGUCUGCGGACUGCAGACUGCAGACUGCGGACCAGAGGUAAAAUGAAGACUGAGUGUAAAAUGCAGAAUGAGAAGUCUCAAGAAACGUUCCUCGGACCUUGGAUCAGUAUCUGACUCUCUUAUGAUUUCUACACGGUCGCGGAUCGGCCGAGGGAAAGUAACACGGCAUCUCGACGAAGGGGACGGCCAGAAGGAAAGAGCGGCAAAAUGGCUCCCUUUCUUCUUCCUUCCCACUCCCCCCUCCCCCGCGCUUCCCUCGUUAAUAUAAUAGAGACGGAAGAGUAGGAGUAGUCCCCAUUUUUCCUAAGGGAUAUUAGAGCGAGCAAAACGCGAGCGCGCGUGAAAAUCAUCCCACUCGAUCCUCGAGACAGGCGAGACGCGGCGGUGAGAGAGAAAAAUCGCCUUUCUCAAAUGGGUUGAUUUUCAAGCGCACGCGCGUUUCGCUCGCUCUAGUAUCCCUGAGGAAAAAUGGGCACUACUCGUAGUCUACGGAAGAGAUGGCUUUGAGCGAGUUAGAGAUAGCUGCAAGAUUAUGCUGAGCGUUGAACUUUGACAUCUUUAUACGUACAAUAAUAAACGGAAAAUGUUGGGAAAGCGACAAAUAAGUAGCACUCCCACGGAAGUGCAAUCAAUGGCUAAAAGGUGGGACUUUUGUUUAUCUUCAGGUGUGAUCAUUGCAAAUUUUGUCUCCAAAGAGUGGAUGUCGGUGCUUCGUUCAUUGUCGAUGUAUCUUUCCCACGCGCGAUGGAUUAACCCACUGACACCGCAAGUGGAUCUCCUGAACUGCAAGCCUUCUCAGUUACGACUUGCGCAGCAGGUUGGGCUGACUGUGCCGAAGACCACUAUCACAAAUAACCCUCCUGCUGUAGAGAAGCUCUUUAGCAGAGUGGAAAACGGACGCGUGGUGUUUAAGAGUUUGACAGGACUUUUUGUGCCGCCAGAUAUUGGACUUUUCACAACUGAGAUCACUAAAGAGUUUCCAUCGGUGUCACAGGACGGUAUCACCCAUUGCCCGAGCAUUUAUCAAGAGCUGGUGGAACGGAGAUCCGAUCUACGCAUCACUGUUGUCGGAAACAAAGUCUUUGCUGUUCGUAUUGCCUCGCAAACACUCGAUGAACAUGAAGAUCGCUUGGAUUGGAGAAGAAGGCAAGAUAAGAAAGAGCUUUACAGCGAAGCACAGGUGCAUGAAAGGCCGUUUGUAACUAGUCAUUCACGUGGUACAGAACCGCCAUGAUAGAGAGCAGGGAACACAUUGGUAAAUGACAAAUAAAAGGUUUACAUUAUUUAAAUAGAAAUUUCCUUUAUUUGUCUUGUCACGGUACGUCCCUUGCUCUCCAGCGUGGCGACUUUGUACCACGUGAGUGAUCAGCUGUAAAGGGCCUAUUACUGCUUAAAAUUGAGUCCUUCCUCUAGGUCUAAGCAUUUAACAAGCUCUGCCUCGUCCCAACCUCGUCCCCAGGUACUUCUAGCUUUCCAAUACGCCGCGGCCAUAUUGGAAAGCGAGAAGACCCUGGGGACGAGGUUGUGCCUCGUCCCUAAGAGCUAUUGCCGCUCGAAAAAGAAGGAAUCAUUGUGGAGUCAUGGGAAGGAUUUAGAUCGAGCAGCGAGUACAGUGCGCGCAAACGUCCUAAAACACCACGAACCCCGCGUAACUAAGGAAAAGGGAGCCUGGGGACGAUCGUUAUCAAGCUGGAUUGUUACAGCUUAAAAAUCACUAAUGGGGAUUGCUCAUUCUGAUUCCCUCGAAUCAGAAUUAAAAAUCCUUGAUUCCCUGGUAACCAGGCGCGAAUGAAGGGCCAAAAAAGAAGCCGUCGGGUCACCAUGGAAAGUAAUGACCGCGAGCAGCGAGGUAAGGGCAUACUUCAUAAGACACCACGCAUGCCCAUGCCAAGGGAGCCCUUGGACGAGCCACUAUUAAACUUUGUUACACUUUGCAAAUCACUAACGGCCAAUUUUAAUUCUGAUCCUUCCUAACAGAUAUCUGACGUACUUAGGCAGCGCUUGCUAAAGUUCCAAGAAAAAGCAGGGAUAAAUUAUGGCGCUUACGACUUCUUAGAGCGCGGCGAUGACAUCAUAUUCCUGGAGUGUAACAUGGGAGGAGCGUGGCUUUGGCUGGAAGAAUUUGUUGGCAUUAAAGUGUCCUUGCACGUCGCGCGAUUUCUACUGGGUUUAGAGGAACUUGAGACCUAA